AUGGCUAGUGCUGGAGGGGCGAUGCAACUAAAAUUAAACCUUAAUGAUACAGUUGGACAAGAACGAUACAAAUCGUUGACAAAGCAGUUCUAUAGAAAUGCUGACAUUGCUCUUCUUGUGUUCAGUAUUGAUGAUGGUCCUUCAUUCCACAAAAUUGAGUUUUGGAGAAAAGAAGUUUUGAGCCAUAACAUUGAAAAGGACGUGGCAAUGAUUCUCAUUGGCAACAAGGAUGACCUUCACGAAGAGAGGAUCAACCCUAAAUCAACAAGCAAGCAAUACACUGAGAAACAUGGCAUGAAGUUUAUUGAAAUGUCUGCAAAUAGAAGAGAUGAUUAUCUAAAGGUGGACUCUGUCAUUUGA